AAUAAUUCGCUGCUAAAGUCUGAAUACUUUUUUGGGAACAAGUUAAUUAAUAUGCAGUAGAUGUUUAUUCACUGUUCAAGUGACUCAUAUUUGCUGUAACAUUUCAUAAAAACCUAUUUCUACGUCAAGUUUAUGAAAGUGUCUUCCAAUCACGGAGACUCUGUUAGUCAUUUGUUGAUAAAGACCUACAUACCAUAUAAGCAUGAGGACAAUUUAUGAAAGCAACAAUAUUACAAGUCAUGUUUCAUCCUGUAGUUUAGAAGCUGAUUGUCCCGUCUUAACUCAUUCAGAUUCAUAUUUUAUUUUCCCAAGGGAGAAAUUUGCCACUCCAGGAUGAAACAUGACCUGUGAUCUUAUCAACAUUUGUGCCAUUUUGCCACUUGCUUUUGUCUAGUUUAUAAAUCGUUCGUCAUCUGUAAGAACAACAGCAUAUAGUCUAGUAAAUAAUGAAAAAAAAUCAAGCUGUGUGUUUAAUAGACAGUGUGACAAAUUAAAUGAAAUGUUUCCAAAUAUAUGAAAAUUACCCCAAUAUGCUGACAUCUCAGCCUGCUAACACAGUGUCUUUCUCCUCAAAACAAUUUCCAUGUAAAUGAUAAACAACAUAAGGUCUUGAUCUUGUAAGUCAAUUUGAAACAUCACCAAUAAUGACUAAAUGUAAGUUAUUUCAGUCUUCAGCUAGGAAACACAAUAUUAACAUUUUCAGGAAAAGGUUCUGUAUUUGAAUUACAAGUGAGCGAAUGGCGCUCUCCGUGGUACUGGACUCAGACAUUGAAGAAGUAGUCUCGGUGCCGUCCCCUUUGAAACCUUUUGAUAGUAUCUCCUUUGAAUGUACUAUCAUUAAAUGCUUAAUUAUAACAUCUCUAAAGAGUAAUUCAUUACGUUAAAAAAAAGGAAAGAAAGAAAAUACAUCAUUUCGAUUGUCCGCCUUAGGUCCAGGUCUUGAAAUAAUCAUCUUCAUCAUUAGACGGUUGCCCCUGUCAAUAUUGCAGUAAACGGUUAAGUAUUAAUUCUGGCAUUCAUAAAUGUCUGUAUCUUGAUUUUUUUUUCCGUCUUCGUGCGCGAACUGAGGCCUCUUAUCUUGGGAAGAUGUUACGAAUUUAGAAUAAUUUUGAAAUGUACCUAAAUUUUGUGAGCGUGUACAUAUUCUGCGCCACAUGAUGUCGCAGGAGACCACGGAUGUGAAUGAGGGGUUACGUUUAAAACUCCUCCUCCGUGCCUAGAAAAAAAAUAAAAGCGUCAUCGGCCACUAUUUUCCUCUUCAGUCAGUGGUAUUGUGACGAGAAUAGACGGAGCUGACAUGGAAUAAUACGCCUGUAACUGUGGAUAAAUGAUCAAUGAGGUUCAACUCUCUUGCGGCAUCGACAAUAAAUGCGCUACGACAAAACGGAUACGUCUGGAUUCAUAUUGUUACGCUGCUUUCUCUUUGUGACUACACUGCUUCGCAGAUAUCGUAUUCAAUUUCCGAGGAGGUGAACAAAGGCACCGUAGUGGGGAAUAUCGCAAAGGAUUUAAACCUUAACGUACAGGAGCUGGAGGCAAGGGAUCUGCGCAUUGUUUCGAGUUUCAGUAAGACAUACUUUGACGUGAAUUUGCGGACCGGGGAGCUCUUUGUUAGCGAGAGAAUAGAUAGAGAGGAGCUUUGUCCUCAUGUGGUAAAAUGUUCCAUCAAAAUCCAAGCAGCUUUAAACAAUCCAAUGAAUGUACACCGUAUCGAAGUGAAUAUUCUUGAUAUAAACGAUAACUCGCCUUCUUUCGUUGAACAAUUACAUGUAUUAAAUAUCUCUGAAUCACUGUCACCGGGAGAGCGAUAUCUUCUCCCAGUAGCGGUGGAUGCGGACAUAGGAAACAACGCAGUUAAGAGCUACAAGCUGAGUCAAAAUGAGCAUUUCUCUCUUGACGUGCAGAGCAGCGGAGAACAUGAUGUGUCUGCUGAGUUAGUGCUCAGGAAGGCUUUAGAUCGAGAGAAACAGCCAAUAAUCAAACUUAUCCUGACCGCUUUAGAUGGAGGAAAACCGUCCAGAUCAGGUACUUUGCAGCUAACUUUGCAGUUAAUGUCAUAG